UCCUAAACCUAAUUCUUUUUUCGAGUGCGGCCAACCAAUUUUAUUUUCCCAUUUGUAAGGUAAGGGAAUAUGAAGAUACCUCGCGUGACUUUUCAGCUUGCCUUAUGCCAUUUUACGAAUUAUCAUUCAUGAGCCACCUAUCACUUGAUUUUUGUUGCAGUUUCACAGUUCAAGAUUCAAGCUUCUUUUGCGAUUUAACAACCAGGAGGGUGUUGACUAUAUUACCGUACCCAGAACGUGAGUAAUCUGUUCGCAGGAUUAGCCGCUGAACCCAAAGCAACAAAUAAUGAAAAAUGCAAAUAACUUGUUGCUUCGCUUCGGUCAGACGAUCAAUAAUCGGCCUUAAAAUCUAUACAAUACUUUGUUUGCGGUUCUUUUGUUCCUUAGAUCAUAUUUUAAUUUUUUUAUGCAAUCAAGAAGUCAGCCAUUUGCAUCUGAGAUAUCAGAGAUAUUAGCAAUUUUGCUAUCAACAAAUUCGAAGUUAAAUAAACUCUUUGAUUUAUUGAUUGAUCUGAAAUACAUCUUUAGCUGAUAAAGUCAUGCGAUCAGUAAUGUAUGCUAACAAGUUCAAGUCAAGUUGCAAACCGAAAGCCGUGAAUUAUGUUGAAUAAGAGUGCAUACUAGCUAAACUCAGGAUUCCUAUCAGUGUAAAAAUCUUUAACUGCAUUUUACUUUCAUCCUGAGGGCGUCCUUUACAUUGCUUUCUCCCAAGACAUCGCGUACCCCUUAAUUUCCGGGUCAAUUCUGUACUGAGCAAAACUUUCAUAAAACGAAAUACAUCCGGUUUUCCGAGAAUAUCUGCGUAGAAAGCUUGUGUUUUCCAGGAAAACUGGCCUGCGGACUGAAGAUAAUAUCCGCUCUCUUACCGCAAGUUAAGAAUUAUCUACCUAUGUCAACGAAAGGAAUGCAUGAUUUUGAUGAGCAUUUUUCACUUGUUUCAGCCGUUUGCGCUCUCCUUCGUUGUAGAGAGGCCGGGGAGAGGGAGAGAAAGCAGGAGACGAUGCGAAGUGAAAUUUUAAAUUCAUGCUUUUGGGAGUUCCGUUCAUACGGAACCACCUUAGCUGUUCAAAGUCCCGUGUGAACGGGGCGAAAAUAUUGAACAGUCCCGUGUGAAAGAAGUGUCCCAUUAAAUUUUUCAGCCAGUCGAAAGUUAGUUUCUUGUCUUGUGAACAUAACCUUCCCCUUCCCAUCGUCCUUUGCGCGCUUCCUUUUUUUCUAUUUUUUUGAUUUUCAUUGAAACUCUGCGGAGGAGAGAAAGCCUUCUUAAUUAAAAUGCUUAUUGUUUGCCUAAAAAACAUUAGAAUUAUUAUUUGUUUAGGUUCACUACUGGGUGAGUGAGCAUUUCUAGUCAUGGCUUGCACUGUACCUUCAUGGGCAUCCACCAAGGAAUCGACAAAUUAUGCACGUCUGUGUCGUCUUCUGGUGGAUGUGGGAACCCAGGCGUUAAGAGACAAGUUCGACAGCAUUCACUCACCAGCAGGACUACAUGGAAUUCUGACAAGUCCUCCCACAUACGAUACGCUAAAGGCACUUAGGAAGAAACGAAUCCUCAAUCUUUCGCAAUGGGGGAAGCUUUAUCCCACAAUUCCUUCAGGGUUAUCAACAGCAAACUUUGAUAUAACGCUUCUGAUGUUGCUGCUAAGGAACAUUUGUGGCUUGACUCCUCCAGCCACUGGUUGGAAUGACCUCCCACCUGUUACAGAUACGAGUAUUGAAGCCAACCUUGCUAGAGUGAAGUAUUAUAGAAACAAUGUCUAUGCACAUGCCAGCAAAGCUUCUACGGACGACGCCACAUUUAAUUCCUGUUGGCAAGAUAUAAGUAACGCACUGAUAGGACUUGGUGCAGAUGCGUCUGUUAUUAGUAAGCUUAAAACUGAGAACAUGGAUCCCGAAAUGGAAGAAUACUAUCAAGAUUUAUUGAGGGAGUGGAAGAAGGACGAUGAUAGCAUCAAGGAAAAAAUUGACGCGGGGGUCGAAGGUAUGUUGGAAUUUAAUAAGGAAUGGAGGACGACAAAAAAGAUGGUUUUCAUCACACGGUUACCUGUAAGUUGCUACCACAUAGGACUGUACCUGUUUCCUGUUUACACACAUUAAAAGCAAACUAUUGAAAAAAGGCUCUAUAUAAUUUCUACAACGUAAGCGUUUUAUGUUAUAGCUUUCGUGAGUCCGAGAAACUGGUUUUGUUAAGGACGUACUAAUUAAUAUUUUUGUGGAAUAGCUCACUCUAACAAUUCUGCGGUGACACAUAUAUGACGCACUCCUUCCAGAACGUGGUAAUCUCUAUACUCAUCUGAGUAAAAAUACUUAUUAGAAAUACAGAAGAAACGGCUCUUUUAUUCUCCAUGAUAUUGAAAAAAUACCACCCCCCCCCAAAAAAAAAAAAAGAAAAAAAAAAACAUUCCAAAAUGGGUGGUUCGCGUGGGACAUGCAACAGAGAAAAGAUGCCUAUACCGGGAGCUCAUAACCUGGGGGGGUAGUUUAGUAAUUUUUGAGUGGGGAUGUGCCGCUGGAACCCUGGCACCCUUAGUCUAUACCAGAGCUUGUUCACGUGAAUUUUGCUACCCUAGUACUAGACUAAACUCACCAAAUCCCCACCCCCUCCCCAUCCUAGAGUAGCUGUUUUCCAGAAACCACUGAGGUGACUAGCAUAGUCCAGCCAAAACAAAACCGAUUUUUUUUUUUUGUAUUUUAGAGUGGCAAUUCCAGGUUUCCCUAUUCUAGAAUAAAAUCUUCAGCCAAUUGACCAGUUUCCUGGAAAAUGAUACCCUAUUCUAGAACCAAACUCUCUGAUUUAUAUACCCCUUCCCAGAGUAAACUGCUUGAAAACCAUACUCUUCGUUCACAGCGGCACAUACCUAUAUAGCCCAUAUUUAUAUGACAGUAUCUCCUUCCCCCACCGCAGGGGCUCAUAACUUGUAUAAAUACGUAUCAGAUCGAAAUUGACCUCGAUUUAACUUUUGUUUCUUCCUUAAGUGAUACUGAAAAAAAUGAAAAAAGACGAUGAGAGCACAAAAGGUACGUAUGUCUAGACAAUAAAUAGAAUCCAUAGCAAAAUCGAAUAAGCCUUUCUAAAAGUAUCUUGAUUGUUACUUCCAAUUUACUGCUCAGUUUUCGAUUUGCACUUUAAAGUUUCACUUCCCUGCAUAAAAUUCCAAUUAGCUCCAUUUGUGGGCAGUUUUAUUAAGAUAGGUACAUUAAGGGGAUGAGUAUGAUUUUGAGAGUGUCCAUUGUCAAUUUUGUCCUUCUCAGUAUCCACAAUGUCAAAUAACUUUAUGUUCUGGUAAAAGUACCGUAUAUUAAUAUACACUAAAUUUCAGACCCCAAGGGAAACAGCUUGUUUUGUUUUCCCGAGAGUCCUGAUCUUCGUCGAGGGAAACAUCAGGACUCGAGGGAAGACAAAACUAACUAGUUUCCCGAGGGACCUGACAUUAAGUGUUUUGUUUUUAUUUCUAGACUUUCACUUCAACAGCAACAAAAGAAUAAUCGGAGCGCACCAGAAAACAGUCGACUCUGUACUUAUAACAACACAAAUUUAAUACUCAAAACCACUGAAUGAAUGAUUUACAAAUUACUUUCCCUAUAUUGUCUGCAUCUUUUUCCUCAACUAGCUGCUGUUUCUCUUCUAGGAUAACUUUAAAAAUCGUUGCUUUUUAGCUUGAUGCUGUGUUCAUUCACGAACGAGAAAACUGGCAGUGUUGGUUUUUCCCGCCUUUUGUCACGCCAUUUUCCACCAUGCUUUGAUCACGUGCUGUAAUGUAUCCCGAGCGGGCUACAUUGCUUAGUUAUAUUCCUAGACUUUCACUCAACUAGACAGGGACUGCCAUUGGUUGGUUCUUGGUCACGUGGCCUUGACUAAAAUCAAAUGUAUCCCGAUCGUGAUACAUUAAGCAAUGUACCCCGCUCGGGCUACAUUACAGCACGUGAUCAAAACAUGGUGGAAAGUGGCGUAACAAAUGGCGGGAAAAACACUGUUUGGUCUUGCCAGUUUUUUUUUUUUUUUUCGUGAAUGAACGCAACAACACAAACACGAAACCUCAAGCUAAAAAGCAACGAUUUUUAAAGUUAUCCAAGAAGUUCCCAGAAGAAAAACAGCAGCUAGUGGAGGAAAAUGAUGCAGAUAAUAUAGGGAAGGUACUUUGUAAAUCAUUCAUUCAGUGGUUUUGAGAAUUAACUUUGUGUUGCUAUAAGUACCGAUUCGACUGUUUAGGUUCGCUCCGGUUAUUCUCUUCACGGCAAAAAAGUGGCAUUUUCCCACUGGGAAAACGCGCGGUGAAUUAACGAAGAAUGCGCAAUUUACCCUCAUUUUCUGAGAUUCACCAAGCGGAAAAUCCUUCGUUUUCCAAACGUUUUCACUCCGGUUAAUUCGAGUAUUCGUUCCAUUAUCCAUCAGUUUUCCGAUUCAGUGAACGCCGGUAAACAUGCGUUUGCUAACGUUCACCGAUCGGUUAACACUCGGUGAACGUCUUGUAUUCCGGCAUUUACCCUGAGUUUUCAGACGGGAAAACCUCGAGUUCACCGCAGUUAACGAGUGAAAUCCUGCCUUUUGGGGACGUUUUCCGGCGUUUUCCGAAACGGUGAAUACCGCUGAAUCCAGGAAAAUCGCAUGUAUUCCAGCGUUUACCGAUCGCUUACCGUUAGGAAAACUGCGCGUUAUUCCGACUUUUGCAAGGAGUUUUCUUGCGUUUUCUUUCAUUUUCUGUGACAGUGAAUUCAAGUAAAUUCAAGAAAACUCGCGUUUUCCAGCAUUCACUGAUAAGUUCAGUCAUGGAAAACAGAUUGUAUUCCAGCGUUAGCGGUCGUUUUCUACUAGUUUUCUGGCGUUCUCAAGUACAGAAAAUUCGUGUGAAGUUAGGAAAACGCAAAAUUUUCCCGCGUUUCCCGUUAUAUAUCUUUUGGAAAUUGCUUUUGUUUUAACAAUUUGCUUUUUCCUCCCGUGUUUUCAAUGGUGUUGUAACGUUCAGGAUUAAUUUAAUUCAGACAGGGAAAAUAUUUUGUAUGUCAUAGCUUUUCCGUAAUUCCCACCCCGCAAUUGAGGUCCUCUGGUUAUUACUGUUUGUAAAUGCGUGUAAAACUCAAGGUAUAGUUAUCGUGUAGGGAGUAAAAUGUUUCCUUCCCACUUACUUAUAUAUAAAGAGUGCACAGAUGAAAAGAACCAAUAUAUGAACUGUAAAUUCUGAACAUUUAUUUACAUGGCUUUGCAUACAUAUCAUACCCUUAGUGUUACAGUGCUCGCAGUCUCAUUUUAUAAAUGAAAUUGUCAGAAGAUGUGGUCUUCAAAAUUAUAACCUAGCUUACACUAAAGAAAAACAUUGCUAACAUUCUACAUUGAGAACUCUCAGGCUGAACUCUAUGCGAAGUGCAAAAACAAAAAAAAACACUCUAAAGUCCAACAAAAUCUAGUUCUUGCAUUAAUACCUUAUAAUUAAGUGACAAUAAAGUGUAUUAAAGAACCUUUUAAAGCUAUGUGUCACUGUAACUAUACAGAAACAAGAUGUUUGUGAUUUGAACUCAUGGUUCUGUUGCACAUCAAUUUUGACAUCAAACUGAAUACUGGGUAACAAACAUUAUGCGGUUAAUUCCUAAGAUGCAAAAAAUUAUUAUUUACAUUUAAAGAAUAGAAGCUGUUCACAAUUCAUUUUUUGGAAACAAAUUUACUUAAGGAAAUCAAAGAUUGCAGAUUGAGUAAUAUAACAAUAAUUAAAACAUCACAUUUCUCUUUGAAAUAAGUUAUGCCUGCAUCAAUAAGACCGAGCUGUUACAUUUUACUCAUCAGUCUACUUUAUAUAGUUACUUCAACUUAACCUUUAAAGGCUGCACCAACUUUUUGAGAAACGCUCCCUAUCUAGAAAUAUAACAAAACACUUAAUGUCAGGUCCCUCCCUGAUGUUUCCCUUGACUUCCUCCGGAAAGAUCAGGACUCUCGGGAAAACAAAACCAACUGUUUCCCGCGGGAUCUGACAUUAAGUGUAUAAUGUAUCACGAUCGGGAUGCAUUUGAUUUUAGUCAAGGCCACGUGACCAAGAAUCAACCAAUGGAGGUCCCUGUUUAGUUGGGUGAAAGUCUAGGAAUAUAACAAAGGGUUUCAAUCCACUUAGAAAUUUUGCCGAAAAAAGCCUUUUGAAGCUUCGAUCCGUUUUUUAGUCUGACUAGAAACAACCAAUACUGCACAAAGCGCUGUUUAAAAGGCUAGCACAUACGCUGCUUUCUAUUUCUGAUUCUGAAGUUCGUCACGCUCAGAAUUCUUGUACCUUUUCAUAUUUUGCUUUCUGGACUUUCUCUCCCCCCUCCCUCUUUAGUUUGUUUUGCUAAAAACCUUUGAGGACGGUAAGAAUUUUCAGGUCAACUUAAAAUGUUGUUUGGUGUGAAUGUUUUUUUUAUGUAGAAAUUUAGAUUUAUUUAGGAUUCUAACAAAUAGCAAAUAAUUCUUUUCCGCACCAAUGUUGAUAAAAAGUUAAUUUUUUACUUACUUAAUACUUAACUUGCUUUGAAUGUUUCUUUUUCCCCUUUUUAUUUAUUUCUUGUAUUAUUGUUAUUAUUGUCAGACAAUCUUGAACAGAUUAAAGUUGAAAUGAAGGCUAUGAGGGAAACCUUAGAUACUUUAAAACCAGGAAUCGGAAGAGAAAACAAGGAUGAAGGUCAGUUUUAGGUUCCAAAUGUUGCCUCACACAAUUUGUCUAUAACCGAAGAAGAAUCCUGUCAGAAAGAAAGGGUUUAAAUCUCUAAUUAAAACCGAUAAAGAAGGAAAAUGAGGCUUUUACGAAACGAACAGUGAUGAAAGAAAAAGAAAACGUUCUUUGAGUAUUUGUAUAAAUUAUCGUACAUGGGUCGACGGGAUUCUCGCGUUGGUCACACAGGUUGUUUACCAUUUAACAUGGACAAACCAGUAGGUUGACGGUUUGGGCAAAUAGUAAGCUAAAUUCGAGACUGGUAAAUUUCGUCCCGGAAAUAACGUUUACCAUUUUUACUAUAUACAUACUGAGAAAUACUCACCAAAAAGCUAUGUCGUAAAUUUUUAUACCCAAACGGGUUCUAGCCUAUCAGAAGAGCGAACAGCCUUAUUCACAGAUGAAAAAAAUGAUACGUCGGUGUAUUUUUGGGUGUGAAAAAAAUGAAACGUCCAAUCAGAAGCCACAGAGGUGUGUGAGUUUCGCGCCAAAAUUCCCACCUUUCAUAGGCGCUUGCAGCUUGCAGCGCCCUCGCUCAACGAGUUGCUUCGCAGACAUUCAACGAGAAAAGUUUUUCCCGUAGACCAGUAAAAAACACCUCGGAAAUUGGAGUGGAAUAGUUUCCUGUGUUUAGCUGACGAUGAAAACGAUUGUAGAGAUCCGCCAAAACCACAGAGGAAGGGGAAAAACAGAACGAGACGCAAGCUUAAGUUGUUCAAUUUAAACUUAUAUUCAAACCAGCCAUUUUCAAUUGUGUAUUCAGAACAAAAAGUUAACUUUACAGCAUUGAUAACUCUUAAUUUACCUCAUUACAUUUUUAACAAACGUUCUUACUUUGGUGCGGCGGCGGGGGGGGGGUUAGGUUAAUAACCAGUGGGAAACUCAUGACAGUCUAUCUACUGCAGCGUAUUCAGUAAACAUUCGGUUAAAAAAAGUAGAAAAACAUGCUGCAACACAAGACUCGAUAAAGGUAUAUGAGAGAAAUUUCUGUAGCCAUGUUUUAGCAAAUCCAGUCAGAUUUCUAUUGCAGAAAAAGGUAAAUCGAACGCACCCUAAAAGUUUUCAUUACUUAUUCUUCCCCUUCAAAAAACCGUUGAAAGAAUUCGAAAGCGCGUGCUCAUAACUAAAUAAUGUAUUGAAUCCGGCAAAUUAUCAACCAAAGUAGAAAACUUCAGUAAUCGAUGUACUGAAUCCACUACAUUUAACGAGAUUGAAAUGAAAAAGUGAUAGAUUAGUGUUAUAUGUAUUAUAUUUUCAGGUGGUUUUGAUCCAACCAAUUUAACUGAAAGCAUUCGCCAACUCUAUAUUAGUGGUAAAGGAUGGCUUGCCCCUCUUCCGUGGUGCGAGGAUUUUCGAUUCCAUCUUGAUAACAUCUUCACACGGUUUAAGAUGGUAAGCAGAAAGAAAGAAACCGGAACAAAGACAGUAAAGAAAGUGGACAUGUAUGAUAUCUUUAAACCCCACGAAGAAUGCUCACAGCCGGGGAAAGUGUUGAUUGAGGGGACGCCUGGUAUAGGUAAGACCACAUACUGCCACAAGCUUGCUUACGACUGGGCUUUGAAAAGCGAAGAAGCAAAAGAUUUGUUUCAAAAGUUUCAAUCAUUAUUACUGCUGAACUGUCGGGAGAUGAAGUGUGCCGACCUUUUUGAUGAAAUCGUCGAUCAGCUUCUUCCUCGAGAUGGCAACGAAAAAGAGAGAAAGGAGUUCCUUAUAAAGUCAGUUCUUCGCGACAAUGGGUUUGGAAUUUUGCUUGUACUUGAUGGACUAGAUGAGUUACCAACCAGCAAAUUACAAGCCAUGAAGGAAAUCAUUCAAGGACCAAUUCUUUCAAAAUGUCAUAUUGUAGCAACCGCACAGCAGGAGGUUGGCAAAAGAGUGCGGGAUUGCUUCGACACCUGCUUAGAGACCGACGGGUUUACAGAAGACGACACCCAAAAGUUCGUAGUCAGGUACUUCUGCGGAAACAUGGAGGAAAAGGCCCAAAUGCUUUUGGAGACACUGCGACGUGAGAAAGAGCUAAGACACCUAGCUGAGAAUCCUUUAAACACAGCACUCUUUUGUCUUCUUUUCGAGGACAUCCAGGAUUUUUUCCCAGAAAGUAGAGGUCAACUGUACAUGGAACUGGUACGCUAUGUUUUACGAACAUAUGAAAAAGAGAAGGGAUCAUCAGAAACCAGUGAAGACCUCAUUGAAGUCUACAAGUCCGAGUUAAAGCGUCUUGGCUCAGUUGCUUUGAAGAGCUUGCUCCAAGGCAACAUUUUCUUAGACGGCAAUGAAAUUUCCAUUAGGAAUUCUGCGAGCGAAUCACCUGCGUUUGAGUUCCUCUCAGUUCAGUUCGGAAAGUCAAAACUGGGCUGCAACUUUUUUCACCAAAGUUUCCACGAACUUUUCGCAGGAUUUUACCUGUGUUGCCAACUUCUCGACGAUGAAUUUGAACCAAGAAGCAUAGUUGACGACACCAGGUAUUUCCACGAGCUGAAACAUGUGCUUUUGUUUACAUGCAGCAUAUUAGCGGCGCAGUGUGAGGCCAAAGUACUGGCUCUUUUUGAAGGUAUUACAACUAAAGUUAACAAAGGAGAUCCCCAUGAUUUUAUGGUAGCUCUAGAAUGUCUUAAGGAAUGCAAAAGAGACAACUCAGAACUGUACUUGAAACUUGCUCACACUGUUGGCGCGUCCCUUUGUCUUCAGACUGUAAACUUUCAAUUUCUGUUAGAUGAGGCAAAUAAUCCUUCACUGGUACAGGCACUACUUGAAGUAGUUAAAACGAAUUCAACGCUUGCCGAGUUGAAUUUGUCUGGCAACUAUCUUGGCGAUGCGGGCUGUGCUGCAUUGAUCGAAGGAAUUCACACCCAAUGUAAACUUACAGUAUUGAAUUUGUCUGGAAAUGACAUUGGAUAUCCUGGUUGUGCUAAAGUGGCUCAGUCAAUUGGGAACAAUUUAGUGCUUACAAAUUUAAACUUGUCUAACAACAAAAUUGGCGAUGAUGGCUGUGUUGCACUGGCCGAAAGUAUAAGAACAAAUACCACGCUUAAAGUACUCAAUCUGUCUCACAAUGAAAUUGGCAAAAAAGGCAGUAAGGCACUGGCUGAUCUUAUUCAAAACAACUCAACACUUAAAGAACUGAAUUUGUCCAGGAAUAAAAUUAAUGACGACGAUUGUGCUGCUCUGACCGAAGUGACUACGAAGAAUUCAACGCUUUCCUUGUUGGAUUUGUCUUACAAUGCCAUAAGCCAUCAAAAAGCUGUUCAGCUUAAUCGAAUUCAAGAAAUCUACAUUGAACUUGAUGGUUACAAUGACGAUGAUACUAAGGGGGGCGUCAAAAGCUGUGAUAGUUACAAUUUUAAUAAAGCCGUUGUUAGCACAGUAAGUGAUGGUGGAGAUAGUGAAGAUGAUGAUCAUUAUAACGAUUACGACAACGAUUUUGACGAGAGAUCUGAUGAUGAUGACAGUGAUGAUGAUGGUAAUAGUAAUGAGAAUGAUGACAACUAUGAGUGCAAUGAUUAUGACCAUGAUAUUUCGCCUGACAAUGAUGAUAUCGAUGAGUCAUUUGAUGAUGAUGAUGAUGAUGAUGAUGAUGAUGAUAGCAAUGACGAUAAUGAAAACUAUGACUACCCUGAUUAUGAACAUGAUAUUUCGCCUGACAAUGAUGAUGUCAAUGAGUCAUUUGAUGAUGAUGAUGAUGAUGAUGAUAACAAUGACGAUAAUGAAAACUAUGACUACCCUGAUUAUGACCAUGAUAUUUCGCCUGACGAUGAUGACGACUAUAACGAGGAGAAUAGCGAUGAAGCUGAUGAUUACACUUUGUGAGAAAGGUGAUGUCUCGAUGACUUUUUUGAUUAUGACGAUUGUGAUGGUGGUGCUCUUAAGAUUAUGAUGAUGACGACGAUCAUGUUGGUGCUGAUGAAAUCCUCAGUGUUUGACCACCAGUCUGAUGUCAGCUAUGUGAAAUCAUUUUAAAAAUUGAGAACAACUAAAACUGAAAAAAAGAAUUAAAGCGAUACAAGUAGAACAUGGUUAGAACGAUUCUACUAAACAUUGCUUAUUCUAUUCGCUUUCUGCAUAUUGUGUAGCACCCGAGAAUAUUUCAAGGACAUUGGUCGUUUCCGCUAACCAGAGAUCAGGCUCAAUUUUUCUUUUUUGUAAUAACAUUCCGACAGGCAAGGCGAAACGAAAAGUGAGCCUGAUACAAAAAUUAAACCUUCUACGAAACGUCUGCCGCCCACUUUUUUGAUUGAUUGACAUUUGCCGAAUCAGCCAACCAAAAUUACUUCCGUUGCUCGUUUUUCUAGUAUGCAAAUUUUUCAUGCGUGGGAAAAAUGCAGACUGGCUGACUUAAAGAAUAGCUUUUAUCUGUUAAUUUUUUCAGCUAAAAAUAAAAGUCUGCACAAUCACAUUUAACUUCUUGCGAGAUUAAACGAGAUCUCGAAGGUUAUUUCUGUUGGGGUAGAAGGUAAAAAGUUUUCGAAAAGACGGCGACACGAUGUUCUACUAGUUUUAUUUAUAUUUUAGGUAGGCGCGCUCGAAUUUAAAAUACUGAAAUUUCUAUCUUUCUGUUGGCUUAAUAUUUUCCUCAGCAAUUUUCCCCGAUUUCCAGUACAUAAAUCUUUAAAAAUCUUGAAGAAAUAUAUCAUCGCGAACUUUUUCAAAGGAUAUAUAAGUUAUUUCAGAACAAAC